AAAAACCAUUCUCGAUAAAACUAUGAAGCAUGGCUAUAAAUGUUGUGUUGAGACACAAAGUGAGCACUAAAUUUUUGAACUCCUGAUGGGUGAAGAUGAUCAGGCACACAUGCAACCAUCAGCAAUUUUAAAAACAAGCUGUACAAACAUAUAUACUAGUAUAUUGAAUAUCCUCCUUGUCUCUCCUCUUGGUGAGAAGUCAUUGUGCUUAUCCCCGCUUCUAAUAUAAAAUCCAUGCAUCUGUCUUUGCCUGCCCUACCCAGGCAUCUUCCUACACUAGCUAGUCAUUCAGAUUAAUUUAUUGUUACUAACUUAUUGCCCCGCCCCGGCAUAUUCUAGCUAAACAAUCCUUUAUUCACCAUUAAAAAAUUGUUGGAUCAUUAACCAAGAGAGGGAUCAGACCAAACGUUCACAUCAACUCGAGCUCUCGUCAGCUACAAAAUAAACCUCCUAUUGGGAAAUGCACGAAGCUUGCUUUCCAUCAAGGUGCAUUCAUCAAAGAUUGUUGCUGCUGAACUGAAAGACCGUUCGCUGGUCAGCAUCACUUCAUUCACAUAGACACAGUCCGAGUCGGUUGCAUCCAAAUUGAUGUGCCAACCGAAGCCCGUGCAGAAGACCAAAAGCUUUAGCAGUUCAGCUGUCACCUAUUUUUAUCUACACAUGCAGGACGUAGCAGUUCAGGACCAGGCUUAAAACCCUUAAUCAUUUGGAACAUUUAGCGCGGUCGUUGGGCAAAUGAGCUGGCAUGCUUAGCCCCGGUACCAACAACCCCCUCAAUUCAUGCACCGUUGUUCUUCUUGUUAUCUUGAAGCCAGCAUGGGCUUGAUGAGGCGUUGAUUAAACCCACCAACCCUUCACUGUUGAUCCUUCCUUUGGCUACACACAUCAGCAGCAGCUGCUUGGUCGAUUUUACACUGACCACUAUAGUCACAGAUCCACACAGAAACAGUUGGGAUCAAUGGAGGCGACAGUGCUGAGCGUGGGCAAGUCCGCGGUGAAGGGGGCGCUCGGCUACGCCCAGUCCGCCAUCGCGGCGGAGGUGGCGCUGCAGCUGGGGGUACAGCGCGACCAGGCCUUCAUCAGGGACGAGCUCGACAUGAUGCAGUCCUUCCUGAUGGCCGCGCACGGCGAGCAGGACGACGGCAAGGUGGUCGGGACCUGGGUGAAGCAGGUCCGCGACCUGGGCUACGACGUCGAGGACUGCCUCCAGGACCUGGCCGUCCGCCUCGAGAAGCCGUCCUGGUGGCGCUUCCUCAGGACACUGCUUGACCGGCGCCAUGUGGCUAAGCAGAUGAAGGACCUACGGGAGAAGGUCGAGGAUGUCAGCCAGAGGAACUUGAGGUACCGCCUCAUCAGGAGCCCUGCCGCUGCUGCUGACUCCAAGCAUGUCGCCACCGCCGUCAACCAAAACUUCGCAGGCAGCGCGACGAUGUUCGGCAUCAAUGAGGCGAGGCGUGCCAUGAAGCGGGACAGGCCGAGAGUGGACCUUGCCCAGCUUAUCAACGGCGGGGAGGGCAAGGACCUUAGAGUCAUUGCUGUGUGGGGAACAUGUGGUGUUCUUGGGCAGGCGUCCGUGAUACGAAAGGUGUAUGAUGAUGCAGACAAGUUUGAAUGCCGUGCCUGGAUCAAGCUUACACAUCCUUUCGACCCGAUCAUGUUCAUGCGGAACAUCAUGAGGCAGUUCUAUGGAUGUUCUUUUCCAGCACUGGCAACUGAGGGUCAAAGCUGUCAAGAAAGAGCAACCACUGUAGGCGCUCAUGUUCUCAAAAAGAUGCUGACAAUAAAGCAAGAAGAUUUGGUUGACGAGUUCAAUGAGCAUGUGAAUAACAAGAGUUACCUGAUUGUUCUUAACGACCUGUGUACCAUAGAAGAUUGGGACUGGAUCAAAACUUACUUUCCCGUCAAUGACAACGGAAACCGGAUCAUUGUGGCCACACAGCAAGUUGAAGUUGCAAGCUUGUGCGUAGGUAAAAAGUGCCAAGUCUCGGAGCUGAAGCAAUUAUCCGCUGAGCAGACUCUCUAUGUUUUCUACGACAAGGGCCCUCAAGGUGGAACAUAUUCAAUGAAACCAGAGUCGAGCGCAAGCACAUACUCCACUUGUAAUAGCUCUAUAGUGCCCAGCAGUGAGAUACCAGCUGGUGAUCAGGCUACAGAUGCAGCUGGUGGAAAGAAUGCUAUGCCAAGAAGGAGCCUCACUCGCAUCAUGUCGAUGACGGCUGCUUUGGAGGAAUCUCAGGUUGUUGGGAGGAAGGAAGAAAAAUCUCACAUCAUCCGACUAAUUUCAGAUGCAUCAAGCAAAGAAUUUCAGGUGAUCUCAGUGUGGGGAAUGGGUGGUCUUGGGAAAACUGCCCUAGUCACAGAUAUCUACCAGAGCCAAGAACUCGGUGGUGCAUUUAAAAAGCGUGCUUGUGUCACGGUCAUGAAACCUUUCAAUCGCGAGGAACACCUUAGGAGAUUAGUUAUGCAACUAGAUGUAGAAGCAUCUGAAGAGUAUGACACAAUGCAUUCACUGGGUAGUGCACAAAACAAAUUGUCACGGCCGGUUGAGGAGCUGAAGGAUGAGCUGGAAAGGCUUCUGAAAGAAAAGAGGUGCUUGAUUGUCUUUGAUGACUUGUCAUCUACCACCGAAUGGGACUUGAUAAGUGGAGACUUACCUCAGACCAGAAAUGCAAGCCGGAUCAUAGUCACCACACGGGAAGUGAGUAUUGCCAAUUAUUGUUCAAAAAAGAAACAAGAAAAUGUAUGCAGGCUCGAAAAUCUGAACGAGAAGCAUGCGCUUGACCUCUUCACAAAAAAGGUAUUUAAGGAGAAUGAAGAUCUGCAUCGGCACUAUCCUGAGCUGGUUGAGCAAGCGGAACAAAUCCUGAAGAAGUGCAAUGGACUUCCUCUUGCAAUAGUUGCCAUUGGUGGCUUCUUGGCAAAUCAACCAAAGACUACCAUGGAGUGGAGAAAAUUGAAUGAGAAUCUUAGUUCUGAGUUGGAGAUGAUUCCAGAGCUUGACACCAUAAGAACAGUCCUCCUCAAAAGCUACAAUGGUUUACCCUAUCAUCUCAAGGCUUGUUUCUUGUAUCUGGCAAUCUUUCCUGAAGACUACAAGAUUAGUCUAACACGUUUGGUCCAGCGGUGGAUAGCAGAGGGUUACUCAAAAGAGGUACGCGGCAAGUCUGCGCAUGAAGUAGCGGAGAGCUACUUCAUGGACCUUAUAAGCAGGAGCAUGAUCCUCCCAUCCCAACGAUCAAGUCACAGCAGAAAAGAGAUUGACUCUUGCCAACUCCAUGAUAUUAUUCGUGACAUCAGCAUCUCAAAGUCAGCGGAGGAAAAUCUUGUUUUCAGAUUGGAGGAAGGUUGCAGCUUAAACAACCAAGGCACGACACGUCACCUCUCUGUCAGCAGCAAUUGGAAGGGAACCCAAAGUGAAUUCGAGGGCACAGUGGACCUGUCUCGUGUCCGAUCAAUAACAAUUUUUGGGAAGUGGAAGCCAUUCUUCAUUUCUGACAAGAUGAGGUUGCUGCGGGUGCUGGACUUGGAAAGCACUUCAGGUCUGGUUGAUCAUCAUCUCAAGCACAUUGGGAAGCUUUUCCACUUGAGAUACCUUUCCCUUAGAGGUUGUCAUGGAAUUUAUCACCUGCCAGGUUCUUUGGGUAACCUGAGGCAGCUCCAAACACUAGAUGUCAUGGGUACAAACAUAAUCAAGCUGCCAAAGACCAUCAUCAAGCUCAGAAAGCUACAACACGUUCGUGCCAGGGGUGUCGGGAGCAACGAUGAAUGUGUCUAUGAAGAAUAUCCAGAUGGGUUGCCGAAGCUGAUGAGGAAUAAGCUAUGCAUCCUGACAUCCUCCACGGUGGGGUUCUGCGUGGCAUGCUGCGCGCCACAGCUUCUGAAGGAGCCCAUGGGCAUCGACGGGGACACCAACAGACGUGAUGUCUGCACUGCAUGCUGCUGCGCCUAUCUGCCGAUGCUGGUGACACGCCGUAGCCCACGCGGUGUCGCAGUGCCCAGAGGGAUCCACAGGCUCAAAGCCCUGCACAAGCUGGGUGUCGUCAACAUCUCGAGGAGGAAGGCUGCUGUGCGAGAGGUAGCGAGGCUCAGAGGGCUGCGCAAGCUGGGAGUGACCGGAGUCAAUGCGACCAACGGUGGAGAACUAUGUUCAGCCAUUUCUAGUCUCACCUCCCUGGAAACAUUGCUCGUGCAAUCUGAGGGGAAGCCCGGUUUAUUUGGCUGCUUGGAUGACCUCUCUAUGCCUCCAAAAAACCUUGAGAGCCUCAAGCUGUAUGGCAACCUGGUCAGACUGCCGACAUGGAUAAAUGGAGGGCUGCUACAAAAUCUGGCGAAGCUCAAGCUGCGGAGCUCCAGGAUAACAGACCAUGAUGCGGCCAUACAAGUCCUUGGGAGCCUGCCGAACCUAGCCAUCCUGCGUCUGCGGAAGGAGUCACUCGAGGGCGAAGAGGUCCGUCUCCGUUUCUGUCUGGGUGCAUCGUUCCCAAGCCUAAUGGUGCUGGAGCUGAGUUCUCCAGGUAAGCUCAAAUCUGUAGAGUUUGAAACGGGAGCAACCCCUAAGCUUGAGCUGCUGCAGUACUACAAUCAGCCUGACCAUGAUCAGAAUGAUGUUAUUUCAAAAGAAAAUGAUGAUCAGUUUGAAGAAGCUUCCACUGUUUGGCUGUUUUCUGGGCUAGCAUCUCUGGGGAGUCUCAAGAAAGUUCUGCUAGAGGGUGGCAACUAUGAGCGCUACUUUGUGCGGAACUUGCGGUCCCAGCUUGAGUUGAAUCAGAAUGGGCCUGUUCUCAAGAUGGACUGAGCUAAACUCUGGAAACUCUGAUUCUGCUCACCUGUUUUGAUCACCAUUAGUUAAGGUCAUUUUGGCCGCUGCCACUGGGUUGCUUAAUUUGACUUUUUUUAAUUUGCUUACUACAGAAAAUGUCUAGUUUACUCCUCCGCAGGACUGCGACGAAAAUGUCUAGAUUUACUCCUCCGCAGGACUGCGACGAAAAUGUCUACUCCAUUGGGUCUCAUAUGAAAGACAUAGUGUAUUUGUUUACUUGUGUUAGGUCCCACAUGUGAGUAAAAGUAUAUUUGUUUA